AUGCUGCGCAACCUGAAAGAAACGGGCUUUCCUCUGAGCAUGCGCCAAUGGGGCUUGUUUACAAAGAACAUCUACGAGAUGGCCAUAGUAGACUUGAUCAUGGUUGCUAGCACUGGUCUAAGUCUGCCUCUGAACAAGCUGUUCAAAAACAGCAAGGGUUGGCUCCAGUGGAAGCACCAAGGCAUGAACGUGCAGAUCCUCUAUCAGGCCUUUUGGCUAUUACUGUGGGUCACUUGGCCCUUUGUACGCGACUGGACAUGGACCGCCCAAGUCUUUUUCACUCUGCAUCUCCUCGUCAUGUUUAUGAAGAUGCAUUCGUACGCCUUCUACAACGGCCAUCUCGCCAGCACACUACAACGUCUGUCUGCACUCGACAACCCUGCUUCGGACGCCUCGACUGCUGCUGCAGUCAAGUACCCCUCGUCACAGACUCCGAUCGAUGUUAUCAACGACGAACUGAAAGAGGAAGAGACGACACGAGCAGAUUCUUUGACACAGUUGCGUGAAGACUUGGCCAUGGAGUUGGUUUCUCCUUUCGGCCGCCUUACCUACCCUCAAAACCUGACGGUCGCUAAUUAUUGCGAUUUCCUAUUCUGUCCGACACUGUGCUACGAACUCGAAUAUCCCCGUACCAGCUCUCGCUCUUAUCUCGAAAUCUUUUGGAAGACUCUGGCAGUUGGCGGCAUUAUCUUUNUGCUCACCAUCACUUCCGAGGAGUUCAUCAUUCCGGUGCUUGACGAGUCUGCUGAGAGGUUAGAACAUCAGCACAACUGGCAAGAGGGCAGUCUGGUCUUUGCAGAGACGGUCAGCAGACUACUCUUUCCGUUCAUGGUUGCUUUCUUGUUGGUCUUUCUUGUCAUCUUUGAAUAUCUCCUCGGUGCCUUUGCAGAGAUUACUUGUAAGUCUGAAGCCUUCGAUCGUGAUAUAGAGAAGCACUUCCUAACAUUUCUUAGGUNNUUCGCCGACCGACAAUUUUAUUCGGACUGGUGGAACAGUCUCGACUGGCUCGAGUUUUCUCGCGAAUGGAACAUCCCUGUCCAUCAUUUCUUCCGUCGCCACGUUUACUCGGCAUCUCGCAACACCAUGUCUCGACCCGUGGCCACUUUCAUCACCUUCCUAGUCUCUAGUAUAGCACACGAGCUCGUCAUGGGUUGCAUCACACGCAAGUUUCGUGGAUACGGCUUCGUUGCCAUGAUGUUGCAGAUGCCGAUAGUCUUGGUUCAGCGCAGCCCCUGGAUCCGCAACAGGACCAUCCUCAAUAACGUCCUGUUCUGGUGCAGUAUGAUCUUGGGCUUGAGCAUGGUAAGUGCUAUCCUCCUUUCCCUGGACCAGGUUUUGAUGGUUGCUGACCUCCAUGGCAGAUGUGCGCGUUGUAUGUUCUGUUGUAGAUGUAGUCAAGAAUGGUGCCCAAUUGAUCCGGGCCCCAAAUCAGACACACUCCACUCCACAGUUUGA